AUGGGGUUCGAUGGUUGUUGGGGUGAUUCUAAUAAUUGUUUCACUGUUCAUAUUUCUGUUGAUCACGGUCAAAAUGUGAAGGAACUUCCAAAGGAGCUACAGUCAUUAGAUUUGGAAGCAAUUGGUAGUGUUUUCCAGGUGACAGAUGUAGACAUCCCCAAAGAGGCAAAGCCAAGUUUUUACUUGAAACGCAUCAUCCCCAUUCUACUUAAGAACGGAAUUGUACAUUUUCUUGGAUUCGGGCAUCGCUUGCCAUUUGAUCCCAUACCAUUUCAAUUGCGGAGACUUCGAUGCAGAUGUAAUUUUCACGCCCUUCAAUUUGUCCCCAAGAUACAAGAAGUUGGUGCUUUACUUCUUCAAAGAUUGCGCCUAAACAAAAGUCACCCUGGACAGCUUGAUCGCUUUUUUGUUGGGUCAUAUGCAGAACCAGUCAAGAAACAAAACAAAAGCCGUGCUAAGAAAGCUUCCAGAUAUCUAGCUUUGCACCUGAGGUUUGAAAUUGACAUGGUAGCUCAUUCUUUAUGUGAGUUUGGUGGAGGUGAUGAAGAGAGAAAAGAGUUGGAAGCAUAUCGUGAAAUCCACUUCCCCACACUGACACUUCUUAGGAAGACUAAAACGCUGCCUACUCCUGCAGAGCUCAGGGAAGAAGGCUUCUGUCCCUGAACACCUGAAGAAGCAGUACUAAUGCUUGCUGCUCUUGGUUUCAACCGGAACACACGUAUAUUUGUGGCAGGUUCACAAAUAUAUGGAGGUAGAUCAAGCAUGAUUGCUUUGACUAGCUUGUAUCCGGAAUUAGUGACUAAAGAAAAUUUGCUCACACCGACUGAACUCGAACCUUACAUGAAUUUUUCAUCACAGUUAGCAGCACUGGACUUCAUAGGCUGCACUGCUGCCGAUGCAUUUGCCAUGACCGAUUCAGGAAGUCAGUUGUCAUCCUUGGUAUCCGGUUUUCGAAUAUACUAUGGUGGAGGAAAAAUGCCAACAAUACGGCCAAACAAACGCAGGCUUUCAAGCAUCUUUAUGAACAACUCCACUAUUGAAUGGCGUGUGUUCGAGCAGAGAAUUCGAAAAGCAGUUAGACAAACUAAACACAUCCAGCCAAGGCCGAAGGCAAGGAGUAUGUAUAGGUAUCCACGGUGUGACGAGUGUAUGUGCAACAUGACAAUAUCCUCCUGACAUUUGCUUCCUAGAUUUGUGUCAUGUUUUUUCUGACAGCUUGCCGUAUCCGCAUAUCUGACUAAUCCGGAAGGGUACGUUUGAUCUCCGCUCCAAUCCGACCAGGACAACCCACCAGAGGUGGCCACAUACGAGCGUCCCCCAUAUGGUUAAUUCAAUUGUAAUAUGUAAAUUCACAUGAUUUGUAUAAAACCAUUGAUCCAAUCAUAAUUUAAUCAUUCAAAUUCCAUU